AUGAAUUUAUCUAAAGUUAUUCAAACAUUACAUAAUACGUUUUCAAUUGCUGAUGAAUCACCGAACGUAGACCAACAUCAGAUACAAUUAAACCCUAUGGAUUCUUUAAUAACUGUUAUGAACAAACUACAAGAUAUAUUUUCGACUACUGAUAGAUCACAAAACAUAGAUCUUCCUCAGAUCGUUGUCGUUGGUUCCCAAAGUUCAGGAAAGAGUAGUGUCUUAGAAAGUCUGGUUGGUAAAUCUUUUUUACCUAGAGGAACCGGAAUUGUAACACGGACGCCGCUCGUUUUACAUUUGAUUAAUCCAACAACUAUUAAAACAGAAAAUUUGCGUUCACCACAUUUAAAAGAUUGGGCCACAUUUCAUCACAAACCAAACAUGAUAUUUUAUGAUUUCAAUAAAGUGAGAAAAGAAAUCGAAGAGCGGACAAUAGAACUUGCUGGUGAUAAAAAAAAUAUAACCAACAAGCCAAUCGUUGUAAACAUUUAUUCUAGACAUUUAUACAAUCUAAGUUUUGUCGAUCUUCCGGGGUUGACUCAAAUAGCCGUGCAAGAUCAACCCAAAAACAUUAAACAACAAAUUGAGAAAUUGAAUUUGCAUUAUAUUAGUAACCCGAAUUCGAUAAUACUGGCCGUAGUGGCCGCAAACGUAGACAUAGCUUGCAGUGAAAGUCUGUUAAUAGCCAAAUCUGUUGAUCCCGACGGGGACCGUACCAUAGCAGUCGUUACGAAAAUCGACAUUAUGGAUGCAGGAACAGACGCUACCGAUUGUCUUUCCGGGAAAAUAAUUCCGGUGAAACUGGGAAUAGUCGGUGUGAUAAACAGGUCACAAAAAGACGUCAAUAAAAACAAAAGUAUUGAACAAUCGCGUGAAGAGGAGAAAAAAUUCUUUCAAGAACGCUAUGCAAAUAUAGCGGAUAAACACGGAACGGGCGUUUUGGGCAAAAGGCUCCAGUGUCUUUUAAUAAAAAAAAUAAAAGAAACGUUUCCGGAUCUAAAACGACAACUUUACGACCAGAAUAUGCAUUACGGUGCUCUAGUGAAACAAUUUAAAGAGUUUACCGAUAACUACGACCAAUCGUUACUCGACUUGAUUAUGAAGACUGCGAUUGGUUACAAAGCGUGUUUGGACGGUCAAAUAAACAACACCAGUAUGAUGAGUCUUAAAAGUGGUGCUCGGAUUGCGUGUUAUUUUAAAAGUAAUUUCAAGAAAGAAAUCGAGGAUAUUGACCCGCUUUACGGGCUAUCUUCUGACGUAAUUAUCAAUGUAAUACAGAACGCGUCGGGAACCAAUAUGGGCGUAUUCAUGCCGACCCAAGCGUUCAAUCAUCUGGUCAAAAACCAAUUACGAUUAAUGGAAGCGCCUUCGUUAAAUUGCGUGACUUUUGUAUACGAAGUGUUGAUUUCGAAUAUCUACAAUCUGGACGACGACUUAUCACGGGAACUACAGAGAUAUCCAAAACUUUUGGAAAAAAUACGCGAAGUGUUAUUAGACCUAUUGAACCAAUACAAACCGAAAACACUCGAAUCGGUUAGUAAACUGAUCCGUUGCCAAGAAGCAUACAUCAAUACCAGUCAUCCCGAUUUCAUCGAAGCUGUAACGGAGUCGGACGAAUAUCGCAAGCUAUUCAUACGCGUGCACAAAGGUUCAAUACCCAAAACGGUUCCACUUGGUUAUGAAUAUCUGAGUAACGUUAGUUUAAUAAAAGGAGAUAAAAACGUUUUUAGCGAAUUCGUCAACACGGAAGAAUUCGUAUUGGAAAGUCGAGCCGAAAUGCUCACAUUGUUUAUUGAGUGUUACUUUAAGGUCAUUAGAAAAAUUAUUCAAGACAGUGUCCCGAAGACAAUUAUUCGAAUUCGUGAAUAAUGUAAAACAAAACUUUCAAAAUGACCUAAUUUCCAAAGUGUACAAAUCGAACGAUAUCGAUGUGGCGGAAUUGUUAUUGGAAACGGACGAUAUCGCGGAAGAACGUACAAAAGUGUACAAUCGUUUCGAGGGGUCUGAGAAGGCGUUGAAGCUGAUGAGGGAGAUUGAACACCUUUGUUACAUAACCGAAUCAUAAAGAUUUGAAAAUUUAUAAUUUUAAAUUAUUGUGUAAUAUUUAGUAUUUGUUGGGUUUUUUUUUUUUUUUUUACAAUUUUCAAUUGAUUCGAUUGAUUUGUACUGAUCUGUAAACGCAAGAACGAAUUAAACCGCACAAUUCGUCAAUCAUUUACAAGGGCU